UUGUCCUCAAUUAGUUGUCCUUCCUAAACAUAUAAACUUCAAAAGACAAAUUGGGAAAUUUUUAUAUGUUAGACUCAAAAGAGGACAAAAUUGAGUAAAUAUUUGCAAGAAGAAGAACAUGGAUAAACAAAUACUAAGUUUUGUUCUUCUUUUGCUAUUUUCAUGUUUGGUCACGGUACAUGGAGAGGAUCCUUACCUGACUUUCGAAUGGAAUGUCACUUAUGGUACUAUUUCUCCACUUGGCGUGCCUCAACAAGUCAUUUUAAUCAAUGGUCAAUUGCCUGGACCUAAAAUCAAUUGCACAUCAAACAACAACAUAGUUGUCAAUGUAUUCAACCAAUUGGAUGAACCAUUCCUUAUAACAUGGAAAGGUAUCCAACAAAGGAAGAAUUCUUGGCAAGAUGGUACCCCUGGCACGAAUUGUCCAAUCCCUCCUGGAAAAAAUUUCACGUAUCAUUUCCAGGUCAAGGACCAGAUAGGUAGCUAUUACUACCACCCCACCACCGCGUUACACAGGUCAGUUGGUGGCUAUGGUCCUAUAAAUAUCCAUAGUCGUGCUUUGAUCCCUGUCCCAUUUGAUGCCCCCGCGGAAGAAUUCAACGUUCUUGUGAGUGAUUGGUACACAAAAAGUCACAAAACGUUGAGAGGCCUUUUAGACACCGGGCGUUCACUUGGAAGGCCAGAAGGGAUAGUUAUUAAUGGUAAAAGUGGCAAAGGUGAUGGCAAGGACGAGCCUAUGUUUUCAAUGGACUCACAAAAGACGUAUAGGUUUAGGUUUUGCAAUGUUGGCAUGAAGGAUACUAUCAAUGUUAGAAUCCAAGGCCAUACGAUGAAACUUGUUGAGAUGGAAGGAUCUCAUACAGUUCAAAACUUGUAUGAAAUGUUGGAUGUUCACUUGGGACAAUGCUUAUCCGUCUUGGUGACUGCUGAUCAAGACCCCAAGGACUAUUUCAUUGUGGCUUCUUCACGCUUUACCAAGGAACCCCGUGUCGCCACCGCCACCAUCCGUUAUACCAACGGUAAAGCCCCCGCCUCACCAGAUUUGGGAGACGCCCCGGAAGGUUGGGAAUGGUCUCUCAACCAAUUCAACUCAUUCCGUUGGAAUUUGACCGCGAGUGCAGCUAGACCUAACCCACAAGGUAGUUACCACUACGGGCAAAUCAACAUCACGCGGACGAUCAGGUUGGUGAGCACUGCUGGCAUUGUUGACGGGAAGCGUAGGUACGCCAUCAACGGCGUCUCACACGUGGACCCCGAGACGCCGAUUAAGUUGGCUCAAUACUAUGGUGUUGAGGACAAGGUGUUCAAAUAUGACCUACUUCAGGAUGGGUAUAUACCACCAACUGGUAAUGAAAAAAUCACAGUUGCACCAAAUGUGGUUAAUGCUACAUACCGCAAUUUUGUGGAAAUCAUACUUGAGAACCAUGAGAAGAGUGUUCAAUCUUGGCACUUGGAUGGAUACAACUUCUUUGCUGUUGCGAUUCAACCUGGGAGGUGGAAACCAGAGAUGAGGCAAAACACCUACAACUUACUUGAUGCAGUGAGUAGGAGCACAAUCCAAGUGUACCCAAACUCAUGGGCUGCAAUUAUGACAACUCUUGACAAUGCUGGACUUUGGAAUUUAAGGUCCAAUGUACUAGAGAAACAAUAUUUGGGCCACCAACUUUACUUUAGUGUUCUAUCCUCAACUAGAUCUUUGAAAGAUGAGUACAACAUGCCUGAUAAUGAUGUCUUGUGUGGUGUCAUCAAGGAUUUGCCUCUUCCAAAACCUUACUCCAUAUAAUUAAA